AUGCCCAACCGCGGCAAGAAGGGCGUCACUGUAGAAAAUCGUCGACGCGUUCUCCGCCUUAUCGAGAACAUGACCAUGGGCAGGAACGCCGUUGGAUACUUGAGCGAGAGCCUCCACGGUGCUGGCUCGCCGCAAGCACAGCGGGUUCUGAUCCAGCGGCUGUUCGACCUUGAGAACAAAAAGAGGCUAGCCAAGCAUUUGGCUGGCAUCGUCGAGUGA